AUGCAGCAACGACAUCAACAACUGCAGUUACAACAACAGCAACAAUACCAACAGCAACAGCAGAGUCUUGGCGAUCAAUCGGCGGCGGCAACAGGUCAGACCAUGGGGUUCCAACAGAAUACAGGCCAAGGUCCUUCACGAGAGGGAUCAUCAGCUACAGGAGGGUUUCAGAGCCGCCGGGAGGAACAGCAGCAACAGCUUCAACAUCCGCAGCAACAGCAGCAACAACAGCAACAGCCCUCGUUCCCUCAAAAUUUCAAGUUCCCCGGGAGCAGUAACAGUAAGAACAACAGCCAGCAGGCAGACGCCCUCUCCACCAUCUCCUCAACCUCAUCGUCUUCGGCUGCAACCACCUCAACACCAGCAACAACAUGGACCGGAGACGGAGGCGGAACAGGAGGCACAGGAGAUCCUUAUACCCUACCGCCAAUGACACCUCCUCCAGUCCCAACAACGCGGAGCAGCGCACGCGGACUAUCAAUCCCACCGCAGCCACGAACGAUCCCAUCACGAGUAUCCGAUUCUGGCUCACCACGCAAGUACCAUGGUCGCCAGCUACGCAAAGUCCCCAUCCCGACAAUAGAUCUUGUCUCGGGUGUCCGCGAUUAUGUCGUCCCCCCUACGCGGCGGUUGGCUCAUAUCCUGUCGGAGCAGAAGCGCCGCGAGAAGAUUAAUACUGGCUUUGAGGAACUCAAAAGUGUCAUUCCCGAAUGCGCGCAGAACACAGACUCCAAGGCAACGAUUCUUCGCAAAGCUGUAGAUCGCAUUCUGGAGUUGGAAGGCGAGUUGCGGAAGUAUACUGGUGCGUAUGGCCAUAACAACAACAACAACAACAACAACAACAACAACAACAACAAUGAGGAGGAGGAUGACCAAGUGGAACGGAAACAGAAGUUCACAGACUGGGAGGAGCAAUAG